AUGCCCACAACUUGUGUUUUUCAGCUGGAUCGCCUGAAUCCUGGCUACAACAGCGGCGAGUACAUCAGUGGUCGCAUUUUGCUGCGCACGGACAAGGUGAAGCGCGUCAAUGCCGUCUAUGUGACCCUGGAGGGCGAGGCCAAGGUUCAGUGGUCGAUGAGCGGCAAGAGCGAGACGGCCAAUUAUUCGGGCCAUCAGCAAUAUUUACAUUCCCGCACCAAUGUGUUCGAUAACUCCCUCUUCCGAGCUGGCGUCCACGUCUACGUGCUCACCCUGCGAAUUCCCCCGGACUGUCCCAGCACCUGCAAGGGUCCGUACGGCUAUAUAGCGUACCACCUGUCCCUGACCAUCGACAAGCCCUGGGGCUUCGACGAGGUCUUCAAGAAGCCCAUUAACGUGGUGCAGACGCUGGACCUCAACUACAACCCAGAGUUUACGCUUCCCGUUAAGGAUGAAAACAUCAAGUAUCUCUGUCAUUGGCCCUGCAUUUCGGGCCCCAUCAGUUCCACCCUGGCCCUGCCCGCCUCUGGAUUCACUCCGUUGCAGGAGGUGCCCUUCCGCUUGGAGGUGGACAACCAGUCGCCGCACUACGACAUUAAUGCUGUGGAGGUGUCCAUUAAACAGCACUUUGUCUUCCUGUCGCGGAAUCCCGUCAAGCGGAAUUUCUAUACCAAGACACUGGUCAAGGAGCUGAUUGCGGAUCGUACCCUGCGUCUGUCCAAGCGGCAGUACGAGUCCAGCAUCUGUGUGCCCAUGGACACGCCACGAUCCACGCUUAAUCCCAACUACAUUGUGUUUAUUCACUACACGCUCCAGGUGAAGUUGAAGACAGGUUGCUUCCACUAUGACACGGACCUCUCGGUGCCCAUUAUUGUGGGCACCACCUCUCUGCAGCAUCUCCGCAACUCGGUGCACACCCAUCAACCGGCGCGGCGAACGACCACGCCGGAGAGGCAGCGAUUAAUCGAGCGGGUUACUCCGCGACCGCCAACGGUGGAGGAGGAAACAGCUGCAGAGGCGGCUGCCACGACAACCGAUGAACCGCACCAGGCCCUCGAUGAUGAUGAGCCGCCGAGCUACGAUAGUUGCCUUCCACCCUCCUUCAGUUUUGCCACAUUGGCUGGCAGUCAGCAGACCCUGGGCAGUAACCACGCGGUGGUCCUGCAGCGCAUUCACUUACCAAAGUUUCCGGGCUUCAGCACCCUCAUUGGGACAGCUCCGGCUCACGGAAUGGAGGACUCUGGCCUGGAUAUGCAUAUGUAUAGAUCGUACGGUUCCCUGGACACUGACCACACGGGCCGGAGUCUGGAUACCUUUGGAUCGCUCUGCGGCCCCCUCUCCGAGCACGUUGAGGAGCAGGAACAUGAGGUUGAGGCUGAGACAGAGGCUGAGGCUGAGGAAGAGGCAGAGACGCUGGAUGUGACUGCCCAAGUGCAUCAGGUGGCAGCCGCAAGGGCUCAAGUGGCAGAGGCCGAGGAGGACCUGCUGGACGAACAUCUGUUCUAG